UUCCAACUUCAACUCAGCUUCUAGCUCUGACUCUAACUCUACCUUGUCUUCCCUUGUUGCUCUCCGCCAUGACCACCCAAUCCUCUACGGAUCCAAAGUCCAUCUAUGAUUUUGCUGUCAAGGAUGCUAAGGGCCAUGAUGUGGAUCUUACCACUUAUAAAGGAAAAGUCCUGCUGAUUGUUAAUGUUGCUUCCAAAUGUGGCAUGACCAACUCAAAUUAUGUGGAGUUGAAUCAGCUAUAUGAGAAUUACAAAGACAAAGGCCUUGAGAUUCUGGCAUUUCCAUGUAAUCAAUUUGGUGAGGAAGAACCCGGAAGCAAUGAUCAAAUAGUGGAGUUCGUCUGCACUCGCUUUAAAUCUGAAUUCCCCAUCUUUGAUAAGAUUGAAGUGAAUGGAGACAAUUCUGCUCCUUUGUAUAAAUUCUUAAAAUCAGGUAAGUGGGGAAUUUUUGGUGAUGAUAUUCAAUGGAACUUUGCUAAGUUUCUUGUUGACAAGGAUGGGCAAGUGGUAGAUCGCUAUUAUCCCACCACAUCUCCUCUUAGCCUUGAGCAUGACAUCCGUAAGCUACUUGCUGUUGUAUGAAUGCAAUGAUUUAGCUGGAAAGAGAGAAUGGUGUGAAUGUCAAAGUAUCUUGUCUUUGAGGCUUGACUUUUAUUAUGUUCCCUUUGUGAAGCCAUAAUGUUGUACAUACAGGUUUUUGACUAACUGAACAAGACAUGCUUAUACUCAUGAUGCCUGGUUGAUAAUGCUCUGUUUUAUUGUGAUUAUGAGAGAAUAAAUAUUUGAACAUACUGUCAUAUGCGAAUCAUUGACAUAAAAAAAAUAUUUAAAGGUCACGUGGAAAAAUAUAUCCCGUAAUUUUAAAUUCAAUUUUAAUCAUUUAUGUAUUUUUAAUUAUAUAGCCUUGAUAAAAGAGUAAGUGACCCCCUAAAUCAGUAGUGGCAAUGGUGGUGAACGUAUUUGUGAGGAAAGGUGAUUGAAGCUCAAAUUGACCGUUAUUAGCACUAGGAAAAUCUAAAAGGACACAAAGCAAACUACAUGUUAUAUUUUAUACAUAUAUUUCAAUUUUUUUUAAAAACAUUGUCUCAAAUCGAAUGAAAGUUUAUUCGUGUGAGAAGUUUAAUGGUGUUUAGUUUGUGAGGUGCACGCCAAAUUUAGGGGUUGGAUUCUCGCGUUUAACUACAGAUUGUUACAAUUAAAUUUGAUGACAUUCCGUGACUUGAAAAAGUGAUGGGUGGUCUUGGUUUAUUCGGCAUUUAUGCUUAUAAUGCCACUAAAAUUAACAUUCCUGUAAUAGGUAAUUAAAAAGCCAGCUUGCACGCCGGGGCUUGAAUAAGCAACUAGGAAAUUAGAACGUGUACUAGCACCAAAACAAACGGAUUACUGUUGCAGUUAAGCACCAUAAGUCUGCAUAUUUUGUGGAGGAAUCAACCAAAUCAACUAUGACCAAGAAUGAAGUAGUUUAAUGGCCCCCAGUCUCAGGCAAAUAAUUGAGCUUAUAGUCCUCUAGGUAACUCAA